CCGAGUUUAAAAUAUCGUUCCAACGAGAUAAGUGGUGAUUUGCUCGUUUGUUGGAAAUUUUUUCCUUGUUUCCGCGGAUUUUUACACCAUCGCUCUAUAGACUUCGACCUGCUUUCAAACGCAGCGUCAACAUCCCCGUGCUCGAUCGACAGCUCGAAGAUCGUAUGAUGUAACUGUUAAACAACGCUGUGUAUUUGAGAGUAAAACUCACGUGAUAAACUCUCCAGAACAUUUCUCGCCAACGGCCACUGCGUCUGCAUCUAAAAAUGUUCUUUAUCUUCUGUACUGGAAAUAUUGACUGUUGAAGAUCGAUCUAACGGUUUACUUCAUCAAUGGACAAGUAUUCGAUUCGUUGAUGCAUUUUUUACUGACAAGAGUUACGUUGAUUCGAAAUAUUUAUGUAUAUUUAUCUAUGUAAUUUUAUUUAUUUAUAUAAAUAAUUAUAUCUAUACUUUAUAAUAAGUACUGAUUAUUCGUCAACAAGGAAGAACUUCAGUUUACUUGUUAUACUUUUCAUCCUUGUUUAAGAUAACUUUCAUUCAACAUUCUCAAGAGCAAUGAUUUACGACGGUUAUAAAAUGUACUUGCAUCAUUGUAUUUGUUGCUUCGGUUACGUGCUGAUUAAUUAUUUCCAUAUUAAAUUUCGUAUCGUAUGAUUACAAAAAUUUGACACCGCGAACAUGAAGUGUAGAAGCUAAGAAGAAAACUAUACCUGUGGAAAAGAAUGUGUAAAUUGGAAAUAUUUUGUGCAACGUAAUACAUCAAACACCAAGUAUGUGAUUUCACGUUGAUCACAUGGAGAAAACGCACUAUAAACGCAGAAUCGGGUCGCGAGGGUUAAAAUCCUCGAUGACGCAAUUUCAUCUCGCGAAUCUCCAGCUUCGUUCCACGACAACAGAGGUAUCAAUUUCACUUUCUAACUGGUCAGACACGCAGUUACAUCGGCCCAAUUAAGCAUCUUAAUCGAGAUGAAGUAUCAUCACGGUCGUUAUCCGAGGAACGCGCGUUUAUUUGACAGCUCUUGGCCCGAUUACCGGCACGUGACUCAGUUCCAAUGGAAAACACACGAGCCAAGCGUCGCGUUCACAUUUGUUACGUUAGUAAGCGAUAGACAGCGCAGCCGAGUUAUCAUAGUGUGUCGAUCUUCUGUCAGACCGCGUUUUCCUUUUCGAUACAACACGUAGCGUUAUUCAGCUGCUCGACACGCUUGCGUGCUCCUGAGAAGCCGCGAAUCAUACCGUGCAAGUGGUACACGUCUCACCACCACCAUGACAGACGAUCUGAGCGACGAGAUGACGGCACUCAGCCCUGAACUAACGGUGAGACGACCGGUCUAUCAACAGGACGAACUUAAUCACUUGUUCAAAUAUGCGAAGCCGAACGAAUCACUUCUGAAGAACAUCUCGAUGAAAUGCAGAAAGGUCAAGCCGAUGACGAUUCUGAAGAAUACCAUACCCCUUAUCGGAUGGUUGUCGGCUUACAAUUGGAAGACCGAUUUACUGGGCGACAUCAUUGCUGGAAUCACCGUGGCAGUGAUGCAUAUUCCUCAAGGAAUGGCGUACGCAAUAUUGGGCAACGUUCCGCCAAUAGUUGGUAUCUACAUGGCAUUCUUUCCUGUUCUUGUGUAUCUCUUCCUUGGCACGUCAAGGCAUAAUUCAAUGGGUACCUUCGCGCUGGUUUGUAUGAUGACCGGAAAAGUGGUCACGACCUACAGCUCUCAAGGACAACUGCCGAAGAACGCGACAACAGAAAACGAGCUAUUAUCCUCGACGAGUAAUCGAUAUUCCCCCGUGGAAGUAGCCACCGCAGUCACUUUCGCCGUGGCCCUGAUUCAGUUAGUAAUGUAUUUAUUGCGAUUGGGAGUGGUUGCAUCGCUUCUAGCAGAUAGUCUCGUAAGCGGGUUCACCACAUCCGCGGCGAUUCACGUGUUCACGUCGCAAGUGAAGGAUCUACUAGGACUGGAAAACCUACCUAAACGCGUAGGACCCUUCAAGUUGAUCUUUAGUUACGUGGACUUCUUUAACAACUAUCAGUCUAUCAAUGGGAUUGCCCUCCUGCUAUCCUGUGUCAUCAUUUUGGUUCUCAUUGUCAACAAUGCGUUAAAGCCAAAGUUCGCGAAAAUAAGUCCAUUCCCAAUCCCCAUAGAAAUGCUAGUGGUUGUGCUUGGGACUGUCCUCUCAGUGUACGUGAACCUUACAGAAGUUUAUGGAAUCGCGAUAGUGGGUGACAUCCCAAUCGGGCUGCCAUCUCCGACCUUGCCACCAUUGUCUUUGGUACCGAGCAUUUUAUUAGAUAGCUUCAUCAUUACUAUGGUGUCCUACACUAUAUCCAUGUCCAUGGCGUUAAUCUUCGCGCAGCAACUCGGUUACGAAGUGGACUCGAACCAGGAGCUAAUGGCGCAGGGUGUCGGAAAUCUAGUUGGAUCCUUCUUCUCUUGCAUGCCAUUCACAGCUUCGCUCUCUAGAUCCCUGAUCCAGCAGACUGUCGGCGGACGAACUCAAUUAGCUAGUCUAAUAUCCUGUGGAAUUCUAAUUAGCGUUUUACUGUGGAUCGGUCCCUUCUUCGAGCCUCUGCCACGGUGUGUUCUAGCCAGCAUCAUCGUGGUGGCUCUAAAGGGGAUGCUAAUGAAAGUGACAGAAUUUAAGAAAUUCUGGAAAUUGGACAAAACGGAUGGGGUUAUCUGGGCGGUGACAUUCAUAUCAGUAAUUCUGAUGGACGUGGAAUAUGGUCUUCUAAUUGGAAUCGUGUUCUGCAUCGGCAAAUUAAUCCUCUUUUCUAUCCGUCCUUACACCUGUUCACUCGCUCUAGUACCUGGUACUGAGCUUUAUCUGGAUACCAAGAGAUAUAAAAGCACGGUAGAGCUGCCGGGUAUAAGAAUAUUUCACUAUUCAGGCAGCUUGAACUUCGCCUGUCGGCAACACUUCCGUGACGAGGUAUAUAAAAUUGCUGGCCAGACGCCGAGAAAGAAACCUAAUGGAGGCUUCAAACACGACGAGUUGAAGGAAGUUAGGAAGCUGAGAACCCUAAUACUGGACCUGAGCGCGGUGAGUCACAUGGACCUGGCGGGCGCAACGACCCUGAGAAACCUGAUCAACGAGUACUGUGAAAUCGAUAUAUCGGUGUACAUCGCCGGGUGUUCCGGACCUGUAUACGAGAUGAUGAGAAAGUGCAACCUGUUGGAAUACAAAGGUGGCCUGUUCGCCGCGUUCCCCACCGUGGCAGAUGCCGUGCAUUUUGCAAGGUCUAACACCGAGCCAGCAUGGAGUUCGCCGAUAUACGACGACGCAACCGUCGCCAGGCUCUGAUUGCCUGAAUACUAAUCGCGACUACAUGCGGCGAAGUUCAUUCAUGAUUCCCAGGGAAAAAUUUCUCAAUCAACGUGAUCGACUGACAAUUUAACUGCCAUGUUAUUUCUAGGCGCAUGCAUUUGACUGUUUGAUGAGAGGAAUAUUGGAAAUGAGAAGUUGUGAGAUGUUGAGGGAUUGUAGAUAUAACUUUAAAGAAGAGAUGAUUAUGAUAGGAUUGAAUUUUGUAUGUAGAUAGUGUUUGUUAAUGAAGAAUAUGUCGAAAUCAGUUCGAACAAAUUGCUCAAGAAGGAAUAUUGUGAAGGUUGAAUGUGUUCAUCCUGCUUGAUUCAUUAUAAAUCGUAUAAACAAUUCUGUACCACUAUCUUUUUAAAAGAUAUUAAAAGCACACUACCUCGAUGUAGUAAAUAAAACUUAGAAUUGAGUGUGAAAAUUGAAUGAUAUUUAUACGUACAAUAUUUUUGUAAUAACAAGUAAUGUUUUGUGUAUUAUAAAAUUAUGAAACGAAUAAUAUUUAUAGAUACACUUCCAGAAUACCUAUU